CCGUACGUGUAGUGUAUUUCUCUCGUUACUUGAGACGUCUAUAAUGGCGGUAACGUGUUAUUAUAAGUCGUUGCUGUGUAGUAGAAAGUUCAGUCACUGUUCGAAGAAUUUGAGCGUGUUGUUUUCUACGAGUCCGAGUGCUCACAGAAAGAGGAAGUGGAGUAAAGGACGCGUGAGUGCCGCCUGGCCUGAUGAGCGCACUUGGGAGGAGAGGCUGGCGGACGCGGUCACUCCUCUGUGGAGGCUGACUUAUGAUGAGCAGCUCGAGAUCAAGCAGAGGAAACUGGAGCACAUUUUGACACAGCUAUGCAGACAUAUAUCGCAGUCAUCCACCAGCAAAAUGAACUUUCCCCUCCUGCCUAUCCUCCGUUCACCUGUUGUGGACGGCUACCGCAACAAGUCUACAUUUUCCAUCAACAGAGGUGUUGAUGGGCAUCCAAAGACAGUGGGCUAUUACCUGGGCACUGGCAGGCAGGGCAACAUCGUCUGUGUGAGUGGAGAUCACCUGAACAACUUGCCAGAUAAGCACAAACUGGUGGCCAGACAUUACCAGGACUUCGCUCGUAUGUCCUCGCUGGAGCCCUGUCUGCUGUUCCACACUGGGGGGAACUGGAGAGAGCUUACGGUCAGGACCAAUAAUGCGGGCCACACCAUGGCUGUGGUGUAUUUUCAUCCUCAGAGGCUCACCCAGGAGGAGGUGGGCCUCCACAAGGCUGAGCUGGUGGACUAUUUCACCAGUGGUCCUGGAUCCGUGUGUCAGCUGGAUUCACUUUUCUUCCAAGAGAGCACCAAGACUCGCUGCACCCAUGAGGAGUCUCCAUACCAGCUGCUGUACGGCCUGCCACACAUCUACGAAGAGGUGCUCUGCUUUUGCUUCCGCAUAUCUGCUGAUGCUUUUUUUCAAGUCAACCAGGCAGCAGCUCAGGUCCUCUAUGGCACAGUGAGAGACUUGUGUGUCCCAGACUUAGGUGGGACCAAGACUGGAGGGACACUCUUGGAUGUGUGCUGUGGAACAGGAGCCAUUGGCAUCACUCUAUCCCCCAGGGUGGACAGAAUCAUCGGGAUCGAGCUGAUAGAGCAGGCAGUGAAAGAUGCUCGACACAAUGCGGAAGUGAAUUACGUCUCAAACUGUGAGUUUAUCCCGGGGAAAGCUGAGGUGGUUCUCCCGAAACUCAUGCUCCAGAUGGGCUCUUCGUACGGAAGCGUCACAGCUGUGGUAAACCCAGCUCGAGCUGGUUUACAUUAUCGUGUAAUCCGAGCUUUACGGAACCAAACGGCAAUCCGCAGGCUCGUUUACGUCUCCUGUAAACCGGACGGGGAGGCCAUGAGGAACUUUCAGGAGCUGUGCUGUGCUCCAGAUCCGCUGAAGAAACUUACAGCGGAACCCUUCUCUCCAACUCUUGCUGUUCCUGUUGACAUGUUUCCACAUACGGAGCACUGUGAGCUGGUGCUGCUUUUUGAGAGGUAGCAGAAGCUCAAACAGACUAUAUAAACAGAAUCAUGCUGUUAAACUGUGAUGGAAUGUGGAAUUUAUACCAAAGCUGUAACGCUUUAUGAAUGCCUUUUUUUUUCAGUUGGAAAAUAUAGUGUUUUAUGCGAUUUGAAAAAAUGCCCCCACUUCAUGUAAAAGUUCUCUGAAUCAAUUGUUAUAAGUGUUAUUAUGAUGUUAAAUGCCACUGAAAGGGCCAGUCAUACUCUGGAUUUUUUUCUUUGGACCAUCAGGAUGGCUGUCACAGAUCCUGCACCUUCAUUAAUAUACACUACAUUGGUGUGAUGUUAUCCUGACUCCAGAAAUGGCACAUCGCCCAUGCUUUAUUCUUUUUCCUGCCCACAAGGUUCCACAGGAAUGUGAAGGGUAUUUUCAGGUAAGCAAUGAUGGCGAGGAAGGCAACUGCAGCCACUUAAAUUCCUUCAUGGUCCAAUGAAGAACCCACAGAAUUACCAGAGAUUGAACAGAGUGGAAGUGCAGUGACUUUUUUUUCUUAGUCUGUAGCUUCUUUGCUCAACAUUGCUCGAGAGUCUCACGCUUCAAUUACUCACCACUCAUUCAACAAAUUAUUGAGCCCUGUAUUUUGAGUUAUUUUUUUUCAAUCAGAGGAAAGAGGAAACAUAAUCAACACAUCUGAUCAGUGACAAUGACAUGUAUAACCAACAACAGCCUUAUUAAAUGGGUCAAUAUGUACUGAAUUAUAAUUGUCUAGAACCAAAAACAGCGUUCAUUUACCCAUGCAGUCAAAGUAGAGACACUUGGACUGACCAUGCCCCAUCCAUUGUCUGCUGUCAGUGGGAGUGUAUUGCAAAAAUGUAUAUUUUAUGACUGUAUUACUGUACUACUACAUUUAGU